UGGUGGUGUCAGCUUUCCCAACCAGCUUUGUACAAUUACACCUCUCUGCCUGCCAGCAGAGCCAUCUCUCAGUCUAAUCUUACUUCAUUUUUAUCUAUUUCUCUUUCCUCGACGAUUCAACAUGGGCGGUGCAGGGUGGUUGUUCCUCUUUGCGGUACUUAUGGCGGCUGGGCUCUUGUUUACGAUGGUGUUCUUCAUCAUCAUGUUCUCGGAUUUGGAAUGCGAUUAUAUUAACCCGAUAGACCUUUGCAAUAAGCUCAAUCAAUUCGUUCUUCCAGAACAUACAGCACAUGCGUUCCUCGCGGUUCUGUUCCUAUUAAGCGGACAAUGGAUAGCGUUCUUAUUGAACGCGCCUUUGCUUGCUUUCAACGUUAACAAGAUUCGGAGUGGGAAUCACAUGUAUGAUGCAACAGAAAUCUUCCGGACGUUGCCUACGCACAAAAAGGAGAGUUUCAUCAAGCUUGGAUUCUACUUGCUCAGUUUCUUCUAUUACCUGUACCGAAUGAUCGUCGCCCUCAUAGCGGAUAGCGAGUAGAGCAUCAUCAUCGUUGCUAUCAUCCCACCCCGUUACUGGGACCAGAAGAUGGUGGCUAACAGAUUGUGCUCUACGAUUGGCUUCACGCAUGGACAGAGGAAUGAGGGGGAAAGGAUUUGAACUGAUGGGAUGGACAGAUCAUUUUACUCAUCUACUCAUACCUUAGCAAUGGCGAUGUCAAUGCUUUUCAAGAUUUCUCACGUAUCUUUCACGACUUUUAUACAUCCCUUUCAAAAUCUCAGACAUUUGAGAAAUCAUUGUUGUUGUUGGCGAAUAAGUAUAGUGAUCUGGC